CCCUUCUUCCCGUGUUGAGCUGAACCCGUUUGGCCGAACCGCUACACCUGCUCCCCAGAUUAUCACCUUAUUUUUCCCCCCGUAAGCUCAGACAACAUGGACGAUUUUGACAUGUUGAACGCACCCACUGCUGGUAACGGCGUCGGCUCGGACGAGGACCCCGCUGCCGCCUUUCUGGCCCAGCAGGAGAGCGAAAUCGCGGGGAUUGAAAACGACGAGGGCUUUAGCAUCCUGGACAGCGGAGAUGUUCCGUCGUCACUGCAUGACUCCAACGAUGGUGCUGUCAACGGAGACCUUCAUGGGGAGAGCAAUGGUCCAUCAGAUGCCUAUGCAGCAAUUUCCAAUGCAGACCGACUGCAGGCCGAACCUGAGAGUCUUCGCAAGUGGAGGGAGGAGCAGAGAGAGAGGUUGGAGCUGUUAGAUGCUAACUCUCGCAAGCAGGAGUCAGAGUGGAAGGACAAAGCCAAGGUGGAGCUGGAGGAGUGGCAUGCCAGGCAAAACGAACAGCUGGAAAAAACCAAAACCAAUAACAGGGUGUUGGAUGAAGACUUCUACAAGCAGCCCUUCUCUGAGCUCAUUGGUUAUGUCACACACAUUAACCAUCCUUGCUACCGCCUAGACCAGGCGGCUGAGGAAGCCAUGAUUUCAGAUCUGGAUGAGAACAACCCCGGCACUGAGUGGGAGCGGGUGGCUCGGCUCUGCGACUUCAACCCAAAGUCCAGCAAGCAGGCGAAGGAUGUGUCCCGCAUGCGCUCCGUCCUCAUCUCGCUGAAACAGUCCCCGCUGGUUCGUUAGGCAUCCGCGGCAGCUCAGGGCGUCAUUCCAUAUCAUCCCUUCUUCCACCAACCAACCCAACUACUGAUGGUCUACCAUUUGUGUUCUGUUGAUCAAGGCCUUGGUCUCUUGGUCGCAUGUACCUGCCACACGCAGCCCUGUUUGAUUUUCCCCAGUGAUCCUACUCCCCUCACUCCCCUCCUGGCAGGGCCGUUGGAGAUUAACGUAGAUGCACCUGCUGUCCUUCUGCCUCCCACAAAAUGUAUUUCACUUGUCUAAACCUCUUCCACGGACCAGUGUUGCUCUCGUGUAACAAGUUCAAAUCAAGGCCAGUAAGAUCCGUAAAGAUGGUGAGUUUUGAGCACUAAAAGGGACGAGCUGAUGUUAGUUUGGGCCCCACUGCUACACUACAACCUGCUUCACACGGAUCCAGUCCUACAGUCAUUUCCACGUUGCUGUUUUGCAUCCUUUAACUCACCAAUUUUAUGAAUCCUUCAACCUGGGAGGGCUGGAUAUUAGUGCCCUCCAAUAGAUCGCCUCAUGUUUACCAAGCAUUAAUAAAAAAGAGGUUUUUUUUGUUUGUUUUUUUAAGGACCAAAAACUCCAAAUUCAGUGUGUACUUUGGUUUGUGUGUGUAGAGUGUGUUUGCAGCAUAUUAAAUGUGUUAAACCUU